CCCCUGCUGGCAUUAUCCAUUAAUGAUCUCCAUCUUCCUCAUCAACCGCCUUCCACCUGCUUGCGACCUCAUGGUGCUCAUCAAUCUCGCCUUGACUCUUUCAGGUGGCAUUUUCAGCUUCCUCGGUUGCCGCAGCAGCUCACAUUCAGCUGUGGCUUCAGCAGCUGCUACUUGCCGGGAUCGCUACCGCAAUUUUCUGCGACGUUUCUCGGAUUGGAAGUGAGAGGCGCGUGCUCCAGUGCAAUGUUUGGACUCUUCUGAUUACUACAGCUUCAAUUUCAGAGAAGCUGCAAGGCUCUGCGACCUUGGUGUGACUACGGCGACCGCGGAGAGACAAAAUGGCAAGUUUAGAAAAUCAGCAAUGGCUAGUGAUCUUGGUCAUUGGUGUAGUCAUGGCAAUAACAUUGAGCGCCACAGGUGUGGAGGCGCAGGGAAAGAAGACUCCCGCGACCUUUAUCUUUGGAGACUCACUCGUGGACGUCGGCAACAACAACUACAUCUUCACCUUGGCCGUCGCAGAUCACAAGCCCUACGGGAUUGACAGGGCCGACAAGGUUCCCACUGGCAGAUUCUGCAACGGGAAAAUCAUCCCAGAUCUCGUCAAUGAUUAUCUGGGUACUCCAUAUCCUCUGCCAGUGCUAGCCCCCGAAGCGACGGGAGCUAACCUUCUUCACGGAGUCAACUACGCCUCGGCUGGUGCUGGCAUCCUGGAAGACACGGGCUCAAUCUUUAUUGGGCGUGUAACAAUAUCACAGCAAUUUGGCUACUUCCAGAAAACGAAACAGCAGAUUGAGCUGAUCAUCGGUCAACCGGCGGCUGACGAGCUGAUCCACAACGCUAUCUACUCUUUCACAGUCGGGGGGAACGACUUCGUCAAUAACUAUAUGGCGGUCACCACGAGCACCAGCCGAAAAUAUACACCCUCGCAGUAUCAAGAUCUCCUAAUCAACAACUUUCAUGGCCAGCUCAAGACGGCGUAUGGUCUGGGAAUGAGGAAGUUCAUCGUCUCUAACAUGGGCCCCAUCGGAUGCGCCCCGUCCGUGCUUUCGUCGAAGAGCCAAGCGGGGGAGUGCGUCCAGGAGGUGAACAAUUACGCCCUGGGGUUCAACGCUGCCUUGAAACCCAUGUUGCAGAGCCUGCAAGCGGAGCUUCCGGGCUCCAUCUUCAUCUACGCGAACGCUUUCGACAUUGUGAGGGGCAUCAUUGCCGACCCCUUGAAGUAUGGAUUCACGGAACCCGUGACCACGGCCUGCUGCGGCGCGGGGCAAUACAACGGCAUCGACGGAUCGUGCCGCACCAUCGGCCAUCUCUGUCCAGACAGAACCAAGUCCGUUUUCUGGGAUGCCUUCCAUCCCACGGAGAAGGUGAACAAGAUCUGCAACGAUCAGUUCCUCCACGGCGGCCUUGACGCAAUCAGCCCCAUGAAUGUGGCCCAGUUGCUAGCCAUGUAAUUCUCCCCUUUAUUCUUCACCAUCCUCACACUCGUUAAUAGUAGAGUUUCAAUUACACACAGAAUCAAUGCUAAGCAAUAUCGCAGUCCACUAUUAGCUCCUUUCUGAAGGAUGUGAGCGAUUUGUACUCAUCCACUAAUUCAUUCUUCUUGCCAAAAACUCUUCCCCCCUGCUCUCGCUACCAAUGCCAUUUGCCUACUUAUCUGGUCUAAGCUCACAACACUCGAGCCAAGCAUACUCACAUCCACCUCGACACUGACGACCGCUGGAGAGAUGUUGUAAGACGUAGUCAUCGAUACAUGGCAAAGUCGUAACAAUGCCAGGGCCAGCAACCGAGUGUGAGAGAACCUGGACCAUGUGCACCGUUCUGUAUGUGUCGGUAGGAUCUAUCACUUUUGCUAUGAACGCACCUGGCCCAUGUAACCAACAAAUGUUGUGAAAAACUGAAGGAUUGAAACA